AACGUUACUUCCUGAUUGGCCCGUUGACUUUAGAUAGAGCUAAGUUAAUGUUAGCUUUACUCUGAGCAGGUCGCACACAACGUGUGUCAUGUCUUUGCCGUUUGGGUCUGUUGAAAUGAGUAUUUUUGAACGUGAAGUCCACGCAGCAGAGUCUGUUGCCUACCUCAACAGAGCACUAGUCAGGCUGCAGGAUAUUUGGGAAGAAAUCGGGAUCCCAGAGGAGCAGCGCUUACAGAGAACCAAUGAGGUUCACAAGCACAUUAAAGGUUUGCUGGAUCUAAUGAUUGCAGAAGAAGAGGAGCUCAAGAAGAGAUUACUGAAAAACAUUGAAGCCUGUAUCAAGGAACUUAAAAGUUUGUGCAGUGAACUUCAGCUGCCCCCCUUUGAGGAGGUGGAAGGCUGCACCAUGUUGCAGAUGGAAAAGAAUAGCCGCACACGUCUAGAGUUGAUGCAGGAGCACAAGAAGCAAAGAAUGGAAGAGCUUAAGGGCCUCAUUAGCAAAGACACUGAGCUGUGCGGUAUUUUGUGCACUACCCCAUUUUGCAUUGACCAGAACUCCAUCCCAUCACUGCAGCAGCUGAAGACUUAUCAUGCCUACCUGGAUGAUCUGACCAAAGAGAAGGAGCGACGUCAUGAUGAAUUUGUGAGCGUCAAAAAAGAGAUCAUUGUAUGCAUGGAUGAUCUGGAGCAGCAUCCAGAGACCAGUUUUGAGACAGAUGUGAUGUGUGAGGACGAGGAGGCAUUUUGUCUGUCGGAUGACAACAUUGCUGCUCUUAAAUUACUCCUCAGUCAGUUACAAGACCGUAAGACUGAGAAUGAGCGCCGCUGUUCGGCUUUCCGAACUAAGAUCCAGGAGCUUUGGGAAAGGCUUCAUAUUCCCCAGGAGGAGAGGGAAGCCCUCUCUGAGCAUAUGGUCAUGUCAAAGAAGAGAAACAUUGAAGCACUCCGGGCUGAGGUUGAGCGUCUAGAGGUGCUGAAAAUGCAAAGCAUGAGAAGUGUCAUUGAGUCCAUCAGAGCUGAGAUUGCUCUCUACUGGGAGAAAUGCUUCUACAGUCAAGAGCAACAGCAAGCCUUUUUUCCAUAUCAUGCUGAUGAUUUCACUGAAGAGCUUCUCAACCUGCAUGAGGCCGAGGUCAAGACCCUGGAGAAGUAUUACAUCGACCACCAAGAACUUUUUGAGGGAGUCGCUAAGUGGCGGGAGAAUUGGACCCUGUACUUGGAGCUUGACAAAAAGGCUAAUGAUCCUGGAAGGUUCAACAACCGAGGUGGGAACCUUCUGAAAGAAGAGAAGCAGAGAACCGACCUGCAGAAAAGUUUGCCCAAGCUGGAAAAGACUCUGAAGACCCAAAUUGAUGCUUGGGAGCAGGAGCAUAACAAGGAAUUCCUGGUCAAUGGACAGAAAUUUCUUGAAUACGUGCAGCAGCAGUGGGAGCACCACCACACUGAAAAGGAGAAGGAGAAACUGGAAAGGCAACUGAAGAAAACUAAACAGACACAGGAGGACAUGCUAUAUGGAACUGCAAAGAGAACACCAUCCAAAAGGCGGAUAGCAGGGACACCCACACCCGGAAAAGUAAGAAGGUUCAAUGGCACCUCAACCCUCUCCACUCCAACCAGCUUCCUUAAUUCAGGCCUCGGUGGAACUAUGUGCCAGUCCUCCAUCCAGAAACCACCUCUAUCUGCCAGCAAGGGUCUUGGCCUGCGAACCCCUGGACAUGGAAAAACUCCCCGUUUACUAGACCGAAACAAGGAAAACGUCUCCCAUCUUAGAAAUACACCAAGUGGCGCACUAAGGUCUCAGGAUACUCAAGAUCACACCUUCACCUUUAACUCUUUUGCUGGCUCCUAUUCGGACUUUGCGAGGGACCUCUCAGAGGCUUCUAAAUCCAAUGUGAAGGCCGGGAUGCUGAACUCUACUGUUAGUCAUCAGUGAAGAAUCACAGCAUUGGCUCCUGUGCCAGGAGUCAUCCAGCGCAGCAAUGGUUUGGUGUAGUUUCAUAGAGUGGGCAUGAGGGAGCUUAAACUCUUUUUUUAAGCAAUGUAAAUAUUUUAAUGUGUCUCCAUCAAACGUGUUUCUAAACUUCAGGGUUUGUGCUGCAGCAGCUUCCUCUGCUGUAUGUGUUAUGUGGCAAGUUAAUGAUAUUUGUAUCAAGGCUGUUGUGGCUUUUUAUUUGAGAUUUUUCAUUUAGGUUGACAGCCUUCAUAAGCAAAAUGUUUUUUUUUUUUACCAUAUCUAGAGCACUACAUUAUUUUAGUACUGCAGCAGUUACCCAGUGCAUCGUGAUUUUCUUCCUCCAGCUGGAAUGACAGCUAUAUUUUCUCUUCAGGAUCUAAAUAUUUUGAAUGCUUCUUUUUAAAGUUGAGCUGUAAAUAAACGUUCUAAAAAACGUG